CAGACUCCUUCCAUCCAAACUUCAGAGCAACUUUCUCUCUCUUUCCCCAUUACUAUAGCUCUCUUCUCUUCUUUCGCAGACCUUAAUAAUGGCUUUUAGCAUCCCCUUCUUCCUCCUCACGCUACUCCUCGCCAAUACUGCAAAAGCAGCCAUUAAUCCAUUAUCACUUUCCUGUAAUCAAACGCCAUACCCGGAGCUCUGCAACUCCAUGCUUACCACGACUAAUCUGGCCAAACAAAAUGUUCAAGCCGGUUUCCGUGAGCUGGCCAUCCGAGCCACCCUAGCCCGAGCCCAGCUGGCCCACCAGAUAGCGUCGGAGAUAGAUAUGUCGAGCAUGGGCCAGCCCACGAAGGCUGCGUGGGCCGAUUGUCUGGAUCUCUGCGAGAACACCAUCACCCAGCUCAACCGCACCCUGUCUCACACCUCUUCCCACGACGACUCCCAAACCUGGCUGAGCGCCGCCAUUGCCAACCAGCAGACUUGCAUAAACGGUUUUCUAGACCUCAACUCCUCCUUCCACUAUCCUUCAUCUCCAUUCUUAUCCCACAACAUCUCCAACGCCGUCAGCAACUUGCUUGCCAUUAACAAGGCGGCCGCGACUGCGGCCUCCGGUAGAAAUCGAAAGUUGCUUUCUGAUGCUGGAAGCAAGUUUCCGGCUUGGGUUUCGGUGGCGGACCGGAAGCUUCUUCAGUCAUCUUCGACGGUGAAUGCCAAUAUUGUGGUGGCGCAGGAUGGGUCGGGGGACUAUAAGACUAUUUCUGAGGCUGUGGCCGCCUCUGCUAAACAGAGGAGCGGGAGUUCAAGGUUUGUGAUACAUGUGAAAGCUGGUACGUAUAACGAACAGGUUGAAAUCCAGGCGUCGAUGAAGAACUUGAUGAUUGUUGGGGAUGGAAUUGAUAAGACCGUGGUGACGGGCAGCAAGAACGUCGAUGAUGGAUCCACCACCUUCCGCUCUGCAACUUUUGCUGUUGAUGGAGACGGAUUCAUCGCACGUGACAUCACCUUUCAAAACACGGCGGGUCCUCAGAAACAUCAGGCGGUGGCUCUCCGAUCGGGCUCCGACCUCUCCGUCUUCUACAGCUGCAGCUUCAAGGGAUAUCAAGACACCCUCUACGUCUACAGCCAGCGCCAGUUCUACCGCAACUGCGACAUCUACGGCACCGUCGACUUCAUCUUCGGUGACGAUGCCGCCGCCGUCUUCCAGAACUGCAAUAUCUACGCCCGCAAACCCCUUGGCGGGCAGCAGAACACCGUCACCGCUCAGGGCCGUACUGACCCCAACGAGAACACCGGAAUCUCUAUCAUCAACUCCGUCAUCGCCGCCGCCUCCGAUCUCACCGGAAGCUCCGUCAAAAGCUACCUCGGCCGCCCAUGGAAGCAGUACUCGAGAACGGUUAUAAUGAAGACCAAUAUCGGAAGCCUCAUCGAUCCCGCCGGCUGGCUCGAGUGGAGCGGCAAUUUUGCUCUCUCGACGCUGUCUACGCUCUACUACGGUGAGUAUUUGAAUACCGGCGCCGGGUCUAGCACUGCGGGCCGGGUCAAGUGGGCCGGAUACCACGUCAUCACCAGCGCUUCGGAGGCCGCAAAGUUCUCCGCCGGUAACUUUAUAUCCGGGGAUUCGUGGAUUCCGGCCACCGGCGUUCCGUAUAGCUCAGGGGUUUAAUUCGAUUGAUUUUUGGAGUCUGUGUCUGUCUUUGUAGUUUGUUGAUAGUUUAUUUUAUGGGGUGGGGGUAAACCGAUUAAUUUGUGUUUGAUUAUUUGAAUGAAUGUGUAACUAGGAGUCAUUCGAUUCAUAUGUAUAAGUCGUAUAUGGGUGAUUAUUUAUGUCUAAAUUAAACUUAUAGCUAGAAAUUAAAAAAAAAAUCAUUUUUUGUUUC